AUGGGAGCCAUAAGCCUAUCCGUUAGGGUGACUGCAGGUCUAGUGCUAGCGUCGCUUCUGUCUCCUGUGGCGGCGACAGCAACUGGUGUCUGCUCCCAGUCUGCUCCCAAGGCAGUCAUUCCUCAGGGGACCAUCCAGGGAUUCCACGACUCCAGCUGUAACUCUGUCUUCCUGGGAAUUCCCUUCGCUGCUACCACGGGCGGACAAAAUCGAUGGCGCGCUCCUCAACAUCUUCCUGCCUCGACCGCCCUCUUCAAGGCUGAGGCGUAUGGCCCAACAUGCCCUCAUGCCGUGACUGAAGAAGCAUUCUCCAAACAGGAUGAGGAUUGUUUGAACCUCAACAUCUGGGCGCCUUCCUCCAGCGAGAACCUGCCUGUGUUUGUGUACAUGUAUGGUGGUGCCAUGGUCACGGGCUCGAACAGCAACCCUCAACUUCAGGGAAACAACUUUGCCCGCAAUGGCGUCAUCUACGUCAACUUCAACACCCGUGAAAGCAUCUUCGCGUCACCUCACUCGUCCGAGCUCAAGGCUGCCCACCCAUUCGAGAGUCAAAACUUCAGCAUCCUGGAUGUAGAGGAGGCCCUUCAGUGGGUCCGCAACAAUAUCAAGGGUUUGAAUGCCGCUUCCGCUUUUGGUGGUGACCCUGACCACAUCGUCUUUGGUGGUCACUCGUCUGGAAGUGUCCAGGUCGACCACUACCUCUGGAACCACCCCAAAACCUGGCUCAAAGGCGCUGUUAUGAUGAGCGCCAAUGCUGUCUCCGGCCCAGCAUAUGCUCCUAUCAACGAAGCUCUUGACGCCGUUUCCGCUGAGGUUGGAUGCCCAACGGGUGGCAAGGGUCAGCUCGAGUGCCUGCGCAACAUUGACUUCUUCAGCUUUGAGACUGCAAACUUCAACUCAACUUUCAACACCUGGUUCGCUCCGGUUGUUGAUGACAUCACCCGCUUCUCCGACUACGCUAAUCGUUUCGCCAAAGGCCAGUACGCUUCUCACGUCCCCCUAAUCACCGGUAACUCCGAUGGCGAGGGUACCGUCUUCAGCCUCGUCUACGGUAGCGAGAACACAGACUUCAAGUCUUGGAUCACGACCUUUGAUGCCGACAGCGCCUUCCUCUCCAACUGCUCCCUCAUUCACGCCUACAACCCAAAAGACUUCGCCUCCGAGUCCCUACGUAGCGGAGCUCAGUACGGAGACGCCCGCUUCAACUGCCCCGUCGACUACCUUGUCGAUAUGCGCAGUGAGAAGCAAGAUACCUGGGUAUACCGAUUCUACGGAAAGUAUGAUAACGUCGUCGGCCUGCCCAACACCGCCCCCACCCACGGUACCGAGGUUCCCUUCUUCCACGGUGGCAAUGAAUGCUUUGAGUCUCUGGCUGGAGUCAAUGCCGCUCAGCAGGCGCUGGCUGAUUCCACUCACCAAUGGUUUGUCAAGUGGAUCAAGAACCCGGCUGCUGGUCCCGGUUGGGCGAAGGCAUCUCCCAAAUCUGGUGCCUUUGCCAAGCUCGGCGUUCCAGGGAACGAGUUGGCCAUUACUGUGGGCAGCACGGAUGAGUAUAACCUACGCUGUCAGACCGUGUACAACCAUAGGUUCCCCCAUUACCCAGUUGUCCAGUCUAUUCUGGGCUUGGCUAAUAAACUGAAUGCCUAG